GUGAAUGCCCCGUUCAGGAAACUUCACUGCAAGGGGUUCUCUCAGAACUCAUGAUUGGUCAGGAUGGCUCCUAUGCUAAUAAGGGGGCAGCUCUAGCCUGUAGUAAGUUCUAGCUUCUUCUCCUGACUCCUCCUCAAGCUCCAUAUAUCCCAGUGCAGAUCUGGAUGGCACCCACUUUAUACCACUAUUUUCCUGUGCCCAUGGAUGACCACUCAAAGAAGGUAGUGCUGGGGAACCGAAACCUGCCAAGGUGGCUGUGGAUCCUGCUGGUCCUGGUGAUACUGGGUCUGACUGUGGCCGUGAUCGUCCUCGCCGUCGAGAACAGCAGUGAGGCCUGCAAAAAUGGCCUCCAAGCAGAGCAGAAGUGUCGAAAUAAAACCCACCUCCUGGAGCUCCAACUGACCCAGACCCAGGAAAGCUUAGGGGUGGCCAAGGCCCAGGCUGCCUCGUGCAACCAGACUGUGGGGACUCUGAAGUCUUCCCUGGAGAUGGAGAAGGCUGAGAGCCAAAAGCAACGGGAACUAGCACAGAAGCUUCAAGGAGAGAUCACGAAUUUGACACAGCAACUGAAGAACACAGCGGCGGAGCUGGAACAGCUAAGGAAAGAGCAUGCCUCUGGCGAGAAAAAUGGCUCCACCAGCUCCAGGAACGCCAGAAGCUCCCUGGUAGUUGUUGUGCUCUUGAGUCUGAGCUUCCGAGCUCUGCUGGCCUGAGGUCUCAGAAAGCCGGCUGGCCACAACCUGGACUGGUCCAGUUCCGGCUUGGCUUCUCUGACCUGACCAAUUCUGAGGGGGCCACAAGGCAACAAAGCUGGGAGAAGGGACAUUUUGGGGGAGAGGAGAUGACCGGGUGGCAGGGGUGGUUCAUGGGGUAGCUCUGAGGUGUCUGUGGGGCAGCCUUAGGGGUGGAGAAACAUCCGAGUUGGCCCAGGGUCAUCUCUCUGACACCCCACUCCACCAGUUGGCCAGCUCAUGCAGUGGAGGUCAUCUGCUUCUUGCUGUCACAGUUCCUAGAAGGUCACUUUCUUCUGGGAUUUUUGAGCUCCAAAAAUUAAACACCCCUUUUGGGAGGAAAGACCUUACUCUGAAGUUCCUGGAGUGUCAUUGUGUCAACCCUCAAGUGUCUGGGACCCGUUGACUUCUAUACCCAGCUUUCCCCACUCCAGAGUGUUUCCAGGAACCCAAGGGGUUUGAGCAGGUACCACCCCGCUGCCUACCCCACCCUCUUCUCUACUGAGAUCAUUUUAAAGGACUGUACACUUUUGUCAGUGCUCACUGAGUGCUCAGCCACCUACUCUGGUCUCCUCACCAAUCUCCUGAUACCCAUGGUUCCAGUGAAAAAAAACAAUAUGUAAUCAGAGGGACACCUUAUCCUGGUUCCUGAUCCCCCCUCCCCCAUGGCAAGUGCAGGGCUGGGAUUCAAACCUGGAUCUGCAGAUACACCUAGGCAAGGCCUUUGUUCUUAUUCAUCCUGCAGUACCCAGCUAUGAGAACCCCUCUUCCAGAGAGCCUCUCUGCUUCUCCAACGUGGAGAGCUACAGUCCUAAUAGACCCUUCAAGGUAGGAAUUACAUCAGGACAUACCCCCAGAGCCACUAAAAUGAAAAACAGCCUUGAACAAUAGUUUUGACUUCGUGAAGCAGUUUUGCAGUUUAAAACUUCCUGCUAAAGUGGAAAAUAAAGGAGAUAGAGAAAGACCCCAACAUAGACAUGCGCAGGACAGCUAGUGUGACCUAGGAUUCAUCUUUGCUUCAUUAUGCAAUCAUUAUAAUUAGCACUGAGGUUAAGGCUGUACCCAUCAUGCAUCUGAUGCCAUGACAGUUCUGAACAUGACAGUUCAUGACACUUUUCUUACCAAACAUGGUAAGAAAAAGGGCAUCUCCUUAAUUCCAUUUAAAAAAACCACCAUUUUUCCAUGAAAUGACCACUCAAAAUCAUGAAUAUUCCACCCCUUAGUUAGAUGAAUGGAUAAAAUUCCCAAACCCACCACGGAUGGGGCAGCUGUCCCUUGAGCCUGCGUGCUCUCUCAUCUGAGGGUGUACUUUCGCUUGGCAGAAGUCUUUGGGCCGACCACUUUUUGGCAGCUUGCUCUCCCUUUUGAGAGUGAGCUUCCUUUGUCUUCAAGGCUGACCGCUCCUAAAAGUGUACUUUUGCUUUUAAUAUAGCUAGCUUGCAACAAUGAAUUUCUAGGCGUCUGCCUUCAAUUCUUUGUCGACCAGACACUAAGAACAGAGGUCCAGAAGUUCCAGGACUCCCCAGAACUGGUAACACCUUCACCCACUCUCUUGGAUCCCUUCAUGCCCCAUAAUCCCUUCCUCUUCUGUUAUUUCCUUCCCUCGAGUUCUGGAAUCCCAACUAUUGUCUAGGCGACUUCCUGUCCACAGCACUGGGCCUUUUGCCCAGAUUUCUGCACUGCCCUCUGGGCCUAUGGUCCCCAGCCCGGAUGGUCAGUAGAGUCCCCUCCAUGGCUCCUACUGUCCACCUAGGGACCCCCAAGCACCAUCCUUGCCACAGGCCCCCCGGCUUUCUUGUCCCCUCCCCUUGCUCAUCAUGCUUCACCCUCCAUGACCAUUUCUCUAUGUAUGGACUCUGUCAAUUUCCUUCUGCCCUCACCCUGACAUUCUAGGGCAGGGUUUUCUGAACCUUAGCACUGUAGACAUUUGCGGUGGAGUGCAGUCUGCUGUGGGGGCUGCCCUGGAUGGGUAGGAUGUCAUGCAGCAUCCAUGGCCUCCACCCACUAGGUACCUGUAGUCUCCUACUCCCGGGUUCUGACAGGCUCAGAUGCCCGCCUCCCCCACUUCUGUGUCUGCAGCAUGCAGAAGAGUUCAGUAGGAGCUCAUGGAGUCCCUUCUACCAUGACAGCCAUAUCACUUCCCAACAGCCCCAUCUAAUAAAUGAGGAAACAAGUCUAGAGAAGUGCCUGGACUUGCUCUAUGUUCUCAGCUGCUCACGCAAUUGAACUCUUGGCUUCCAGCAGAUUCCCUUGAUUUACAGGAAGUAACUCCUUCGCAUGUGACCAGGUGACCUCAUUCUUUCCCCCAACUGAAACCAGAGGGAAACCAAGUCCAGGUCUCAUUCUGCCUGCAUGUUCAGAAAAUAGACAGGCACAGGAGUUGAGCUAUUUCGAAUAAGCAUUUAUUAGAGAGUUGCAAGUCCCGGGGACACAGGCAAGCUAAUGUAGAGAGGAGAGAAAAGAACUAGUGUUAAAUCAAGCUGUAUUCAGAGAUUGCAAUAUGCCCUGCAGCCAGACCAGAAAGAAACCUGCAGAACGAAGGAAGAUUUCUGCUGGAAUUGCUAACAACCCAUUUCCCACACCUGUGAAGGGAAAACAGGAAAAACGGUCUUUAAGGGGCACCCUACAUUCAUUCCCUAUAGCUAAAACCAAGAACCCUCUUCUCUCUCAGUGCAAGGCUUGGUCUCCCCCCACUUGAGAGAAUUUGCCCUGUCACAAUGGCCCAGGUAUAAACUUCUCUCUUUAAAAAUGUCCCACUUCCCUUGCUGGCUGUGACCAACAGAGCCAGGGCUUGAGAAGUCAGCACUGAGGGGUCCUGCAGGUCUGUGGGGAGUUCCAGCUCCAGCAAGAAUCUGGCAGUGACCAGUGGCUGCUGUAUGUCUCUGGCCUGAGACUUGGCCUCUCUGGGCUUCUAUUUAUUCAUGUGGAAUGGUGGCCAGGGUCGACACUGAGAUUCUAGUUAACAGUGUUCACUAGGCUCACACUUCUGCACAACUACUGUGUGCCAGGCCCAGGUGGGGAGAAUGGGUACGAGGCAGAUGUGGGCUUUGAUUUUUAGGGGCUCACCCAGUCUGCUAGGAGAGGCAGCUGAGAAUCAGACACAAUGGAAAAUUACAGCAGGGAGGAAGGAAGUGAUCAAAAGGGGCCUGAGGUAGUGGGAAGUAGGAGGGUUCUGAGAAGGAGAUGAAGAGGGAUUUUCCACUCAAAGGGCUAACCUUGUAAUCAACUGUGUUCUGCUUCUGUAAACAUGCUUGCUUGCUGUAAUCAGCUCCUUGUCUUGUUUCUGUAAACAUGCAGAACCACUCUCCCCUUAGGAAUACUUUGUCUAGAUAACAGAUAUAUUGCCAAAAUACCUGUUUGAACUACCUGUAACCCAUAGCAACUCCCGAGGCUGAAGACAAAUCAACCAAUCAACCCAUACCAAUUCUAACGGUAAACUGUAAUGGCACGAAUAUAAAAACAAAAUUGCCCCUGAGCUGAGCACCCACAUCUUAAGAGCACUAGCUCCUCUGAGGCUGCACGUAAUAAAACUGAAUUCUCCUUCUCUCCAA